CAGGAUCAUCCUUUUGAAGGAGUAAGUAUUCAGGCUAAUGAAGAGAUCACCAGUUCACAGGAGGAUCCGCAGGCAGGCCUUGAACGCAUCAUCCAUACCAAAAGCAGGAAGUCUUGAAGGACGGUCCUCAAUGAAAGAUAGCAAACAUCCGAAAUGAAUCCUUGUGAUAGUAGUGCGGUGACAAGAAGCCAUGUGCAGAUGUGUGUUUGAAGCCGUCUUGUCCACGUAAACGCUGAAGAUACGCCUCCUUGUCUUCGAAGUCGAAGGAAACAAAGGUAGUGCUCCUGUGAGCACUAGAAGUUGUGCCGGACAUGAUGCCAGAACCUGUAGCAAUCGUUGGCUUUAGCUUCAGAUUGCCAGGUGGAGCGGAUACACCAGACCGAUUGUGGGAGAUUUUGGAAACUGGUGAACAGGCCUGGACAGACGUGCCUGAGGAUCGGUACAACUGGAAAGCUUUCUAUCACCCUGACCCAGAGGCAAGAGGAACUCACAAUGCUCGUGGAGGAUUCUUCCUCAAGCAGGACAUUGCGCAGUUCGAUGCAAAGUUUUUUGGGAUACCGGAUGCUGAGGCAGCCGCCAUGGAUCCUCAGCAAAGAAUUCUACUUGAGGUAUCGUACGAGGCGUUGGAGAACGCUGGUAUGCCCAUUGAAGGACUUCGCGGUUCUCAAACCGGAGUGUAUGUUGCUCUCGUGAGCCGGGAUUAUGACCGCCAGAUAUACAAGGACCCGAGUCAGAUCCCAAAACACCAUCUGACCGGAUGUGGUGAUGCAACAGCUUGUGGAAGAAUAUCCUAUGUCUUCGACUUCCGGGGUCCUUCCAUGACUCUCGACACUGGUUGUUCGGGCGGAAUGGUAGGGGUCCAUCUUGCUUGUCAGGCCCUCCAGCUGGGCCAGUCAGACAUGGCACUGGUCGGGGGUUCGAAUCUCUUGCUCGGGCCAGAUAUGACAAUCGCCAUGAGUAAUCUCCACAUGGUCAAUGACAAUGGUCGUUGCUACCCGUUCGACAGUCGUGGAGCUGGAUAUGGGCGAGCAGAGGGGGUGGCCGUCAUGGUACUGAAAAGGCUUAGCGACGCCCAGGCUGAUGGCGAUGCAAUCAGAGCGGUCAUACUGAAUUCAGGGGUAGGCCAGGAUGGUAAAACAAAUGGAAUCUUGCUUCCAAAUUCCCAAGCACAGCACGACUUGGCCGGUAGGCUUUAUAAAGAGAUUGGAAUCGACCCACAGCAAGUCUCGUACGUGGAGAUGCACGGUACAGGGACGUCAGCGGGCGAUUCGGCCGAAAUCCGAUCCGUUAAGAUGCUGUUUGUCGGUGAUGGCUCUAGGCGGACAAAACCCUUAUCAGUCGGCUCCAUAAAAGCAAAUCUCGGCCAUUCUGAAAGCACUAGUGGACUGUCUGGCAUUAUUAAAGCCGUGUUAUCUUUGGAAAAGUGUCGUAUUCCGCCGGUUGCUGCUGUGAAGGACCUGAAGCCAGAUGUUGCUCUGGCAGUGAGUGAUGGGUCGAUCCACAUGCCUCACAGCGUUCAUGAAUGGUCAGCGAGCGAGGCAAGACGGGUAUCUGUGAACAGUUUCGGCUUUGGUGGCACCAAUGCACAUGUCAUCCUGGGAGGCUGUUCGUCAUAUGCUGUUCAGAAUCAUUGCGAUCUCGAGGUGAGGACCUUUGUGAAUUCCAAUGGAACAAACACGUGUGGAAACAAGUUCGACAUUAGUUGCGCCGGUAGAAAUGGAGAAGUCAGAGAGCUUCCCGAGGCUCAAAGAAGGACGAGGAACGAUUCAGUCAACUUGCUGGUUGGACAAGGAAGCCAUCCAUUCCUCUUUCUCGUUUCGGCCAGGUCAAAGGAGUCCCUGAAAAGCAACAUUGAAAACCUCAAGUCAUGGAUGGUCAAGAAUUCUCCCAGGCCGCAUAUUCUCCAAAAAGUAUCCAGAACACUGGCGACCCGACGUUCGACAUUCAGCUGGCGAGCCAGUUUCAAUGGAAGGGUGAAUUCCGAAAUCAUCCACGCGGUGGGAAGUGCUCGCAUAGCCAAGGCGGCCACAAGUUCCAGGACGAUUUUCUUGUUCACCGGGCAAGGUGCACAAUAUGCUACCAUGGGCAGAGAACUAAUUCGCUGCAAUCCCGUCUUUGCCAAUUCGCUUCGCAAGUCGGAGGAGAUCUUGAGAUCGCUGGGUGCUUCUUGGAAUCUUUUGGAGGAGUUGAACAUGCCCGAAGAGGAAUCCCGCAUCAACACAAGCCAGCUGUCGCAGCCCGCAACCACUGCCCUUCAGAUUGCCCUGGUGAAUCUCCUCGAACAUAUCGGCGUGCGACCGGCAGCAGUGCUGGGGCACUCGAGCGGCGAAGUUGCAGCCGCGUACGCCGUUGGUGCAUUGAGCCAUAAGGCGGCCCUCCAGAUAUCGUACUACAAAGGGUUUGUUGCUGAUUGGUGUCGUGAGAGCAACAAAAACAGAGGGGCAAUGCUGGCUGUUGGAUUGGGAGAGAAUGAUAUCUCAAAAUACCUCGCGAAAACUAUCGCAUUUGGAGGAGCCGUGGUCGCUUGCGUCAAUAGCCCGACGAGUGUGACAGUAUCGGGUGAUGAAGCAGCAGUGCUUGAGUUGAAGACUCUUCUUGAUCGAGAUGCCAUAUUCAACAGACUCCUCAAGGUCGGCGUUGCCUACCAUUCACAUCACAUGCAAACAGUGGCCAAGAGGUUCGAAGAGUCUAUCUGUGGACUAACGCCAACAACAGCCGAUGGCCAGACCAAGUUCUUCUCGUCAGUGACAGCUACCGAGGAGUACGAACCACUCGAUCCCUCGUACUGGAUCGAGAAUCUCGUUUCCAAGGUUCGCUUUUCGGAGGCACUCGAGAGCCUUGUCAAAACUGUGGGAGAAGACGAAACCCACCUGGCCUUUGUCGAGAUCGGGCCACAUUGUGCUUUAGAAGGACCAGUCCGCCAGAUAAUGAAUGCUCAAGCAAGGAAAGGGAGUUGGGCGUACUCGGCUGCUAUGCGCCGCAAUCGCGACGCUGCCCAAACUAUCCUCGAGACGUGUGGUCAGCUCUGGGAGCAGGGUGUGUGCGUGGACCUUCAAAGGGCCGUGCUUCUGGGCCAUGACCACCAGCAUCUUUCGUUUAGGCCGGCGACGGAUUUGCCAGCGUACGCCUGGGACCAUUCAAAGAGACACUGGCAUGAGUCUCGACUUAGCAAAGAGUAUCGGCAUCGGCGGCAUGCACCACACGAUCUGCUAGGACUUCGUCUGGUGGGAACCACACACAUCGAGCCAAUCUUUCGUCACAUCCUCAGUGUGGACAAUUCUCCCUGGCUACAAGAGCACGUUAUCGACGGUUUCGCUCUGUAUCCUGGAUCAGCAUUUUUGGUGCAUGCAAUAGAAGCGCUCAAACAAGUCACAGAAGACUCUGGCGAAAAGAAAAGCAUAGAGCGCUACCGCUUCAAGACAGUGACUUUCAACAAGUCUAUCGUAGUGCCCAAGUCGCCUGCCACGCUGGAAAUCUUGGUGAGUCUUAUGCCCGCCAAAGGCCUCGGAGAGAGAAUUGGGAUUCGCUGGUACCAGUUCCGAGUCACGUCGCAAGCCGCAGAUGGCGCCUGGAAUGACAACUGUCACGGAUUUGUAGGAUGCGAGUUCUCACGCGAUACUGCUCUCUUCGGAGAAUAUUCUCAAGCAUCGACGAUUAAGCAGCAACUCCAAAAGCUCACCGAAGCAUGCACGAAGCCAGUGUCAACAUCAGACCUCUACGAAGGCCUUCGACGGAAUGGAAUCGAAUAUGGCGAGAACUUCUCCAUAAUUAGCGACUUGAAGGUGGGCGAUCAUGUUGCCAUUGGUAGUAUUCGAGUGCCAGAUAUUGCACAGUGUAUGCCUUCAGGAUACAUGCAACCACAUGUCGUCCACCCAGCAACCUUUGACGCCUUCAUGCAUGUCGCGCUGCCGCUUUAUCACCUCUUCUGCAGCCAAGGCCCGGUAAUGCUUACUUCAAUCGAAGAAGCAAAUAUUGAUGCCACCAUGUUAAACAAGCCUGGAGACUGUUUAACGGUCGUUUGUGAGCUGAAACAAGCGCGUCGAAAAUUCGGAGCAGUCAACGUCUCUAUCAUGCAAGAUAAUGGAGAUGGUCAUCUUGUCGAGGUCGGUUCUUUGAGGAAUGAAGAGUUCCAAGGCAUCGGAGAAGGUCCUUCGAAGGCCGAGACUACCACCCGGGAGGGUGCCAUGAGUUGCAUCCUGAAGUGGAAGCCUGUUGGGGCCAGUCCAGCGAGGCCCGUUGACCGGGAUGAGCAGCAAUUGCAGCUCUACCUGUUGAGUCAGAGUGCACAGGGAUUUGCCGCAUUGCAGCGGACACGAGACCGCCUCCUCGAGCAGGUCGCUGCUUCAAUAGCUGUUGACAGCACCGAAUUCACGAAAGACGACGCCAUCCAAAUUUUCAUUGAGGACGACUCCGCGCCAGAAAUGGAAUUUGAAGAUAUAAAGAAGCUGGUACAGAAACAGAAUUCCGUGCUUUGGGUCGCACUAGGAGGGAAGUAUGGUCAUUUUUCGUCUCCUACCUCACUGGCGAGACGCGCUGCCAGAGAAAGAAAUCUUCAAUUCGUUACGCUGCUGUAUCGAGACGUCGUUGCGGAUAGCACCAUCCUCGGAGACGUGAUUGGAGAAGUGAUUGAAAGGUCCUUUAUCAAUAUCGACAAGAUCACUUCUGUGGAUAUUGUGUAUAAGUUUCAAGAUGGCAGUCUUUUCGUUCCGAGGCUCGAGUCGCAUGGACCUUCAAAUCUUUAUUUAGAGCAACCGUCACCCCAGGAACAGCAAGAAAUCAUGGCGAAAUUUCACGGUGAGAGAGCCCUGAAGUUGGAUUUUAAGACCCCGGGAUUGUUGAAUAGCUGCUACUUUACCGAGAUUGAAGAUACUCCGAGGCCACUGGCACCGGAUAUGCUCAAGGUCAAAGUCCUGGCCCAUGGACUUAACAGGAGCGAUGUUGCACUCGCCAUGGGAAGAGGAGAUCCUGUGGGAUCCAUGGUGGGUGAGUUCGCUGGAGUGGUCAUAGAACUUGGUGCGGUUGCAGAGGGGCGUUUCAAACGUGGUGAUCGUGUCUGUGGCUGGGGAGCCACACCAUAUGCGAAUAUCGCCGAAGUAAAGCACCAAUUAUGCCAGCUGCUUGACGAUUCGACCACAUUCGAGCAAGGCGCUGCUAUCCCAUUAGCCUUCCAGACCGCAUACCAUGCCCUGGUGGACCUGGCGCACCUCAGCAAAUCACAUCGCAUCCUCAUCCAUGGAGCGGCCGGUGCGGUAGGACAAGCAGCCAUAUCGAUUGCUCGGCAUAUCGGCGCCGAUGUCUACGCCACUGUCUCAAGUGACGACAAAGCACGAUCACUUAUGGAAGCCACAGGCAUGACUCGAGAGCACAUAUUCUCAAACCGAACUGCAGCAUUCCUUGGCCAGAUUGCCCAGCACAAUGACGGACAAGGGGUUGAUGUUGUCCUUGACUGUUCAUCUGGGGAACUCGCUGAGGCAAGUGUCCCCAUUGUCGCAGAAAUGGGCAUCGUGAUCAACCUCGCCAGCUCCGACUUCGAGUUCCAAGCCGCGCGGAACAUGAGAAACAUCUCAUAUGUCUCUGUAAAUAUGACAAGCUUCAAGGAGAAAUAUCCUGAAAGGCUGCAGGAAAAAUUUGAAAAGGCCAUGGCAUUGUACAAAGCCGGAUGUACAGGGCCCAGUCUUACUGUCCUGCCAAUCACAGACCUCGAAAAGGCGUUCAGGUUGAUGACAAGAAAUGAUUAUACAGGGAAAAUCGUCUUGAAGUCUGAUGACAAUGUUUAUGUCAAGCAGGCGGCGGUGAAACUAACACUGCCUAGCUUGGGUCAAGGGACCUAUGCAGUACUGGGGGGCACCAUGGGCGUCAACACGGAGCUCUGUACUUUCCUUGUUGAGCGGGGAGCAAGCGACAUAAUCAGCAUCGUGUCCAGGGACUCCAUACACCAUGAGGACCAGACUCCAAUGGAAAAGGUGUGUAAAGGAAGGGCUAAGUAUGAGCGUCUUGCAGUUGAUCUCUCAAGCCCUCCAGAUGCGAAAGCUCUGGUCGAAAAGUGCGAGGAGCGCUUGUCCACUCUGAGUGGUAUCAUAAGUGUCGAGUUUGGUGCUGAGACUGCCAGCUCGAUCGACAACAUGAGGUCCAUGAGAAGCGGUGGCAGUUCUUCUCAGGCUGUUGCCUUACACCAGCUCCUAGAGCUGUGCGCAUCUGAAUUCAUGAUCACGAUAUCACAAAGUCCGUGGUGGGAAGAGAGCAUUAUUGGGCCCAUACCACGUAAGACCGAUUCUGCCGCGCGAAACGUGAGGCUGCAAAUUCCUCAACCCCAAAGUUGGGAACUCCUGGAGCAGGAUCCCAAAUCCUUCGCUAUGCUCUCGAGGAUGCUUGACUAUUGUCUGAGGAGGGAGGCCGAGCAUGAAAGUCCAUCCGAAUUGUUUAUGAUUCAACCCCACCUGAUUGAUACUGAUGAAGGACACGCCAUACUGAGGAAUGUGCCCCGACAUCUGGCCGCGGACAAUGGAGGUUCCAAGAUCUCGGAUACACCAACGCUCGAACAGAAACUGAGACAGGCACAAGACCAAGACGUUGUGAAAGAAGAGGUUGCUGCGGCGAUUUGUGAACAACUUGCAACCUUCUGUGCCAUAGAUCGUGACGACAUACGCCUUGACGCGUCAAUUGUCGACCUUGGGCUUGACUCCCUUUUGGCCAUUGAAUUCAAGAACUGGAUAAUGGGUACUCUUAAAGCACCUAUGCAAACAACUGAGAUUCUGGACAUGUCAAGUCUCCAUGACCUGGUAUCGAUCAUCCUUCGAAGAUCUCAAAUCAUCAGCCGAAGUUCCGAACCAGACACAAACGGCACAUCGGUGGAAGAUGCUUCAGAUGUAAGAGGUGCAGAGCUGAUCAAAGGGAAUAUACAACCACACGUUGCAGGCAAAAGGCCGCCCCCGUUGCCACUGCCAAAGCUUAGUGACAUUGUCGAGGCACACCUAAGGGACAUGCGGCCCUUCGCCUCGGAUGAAGAGUACAACAACACCCUGCGUUUGGCCAAGGAGUUCUGCACCGAGGGAAGCGUAGGAUUUCGCUUGUAUGAGCGGUUGCUAGCUUCCAAAGAGGCCGACCCGGAGAAUUGGUACCAUGACCUAUACAUGAACAGCUUGUACCUGCGCCGCAAGGGUGGACUGGCUCCUUUUAUGCAGUUCUUCUUCACCCAUCCUUUGAGUGAUAUUGAGCAUUCCCAAUCCGAGCGGGCGGCUCUCAUUGCAGCAACAUUGAUUCGAUAUAAGAGAGACCUGGAGAACGGCCAUAUAAAUCCACAGUACAUGGACGAACAGCCUUUGUGCAUGGACCUUUACAAGAACCUGUUCAGCGCAUGUCGGGAACCCAGGGUUGGGCUGGACGUGUUCAAGUCCCACCCAGGCAAUGACUUCUUCGUGGUUCUGUGGCGAGGACAUGCCUACAAAGUCGACUUUAGUCACCUGCCUGUCGAAGAGAACAUUUUCUCCUUGCUUGAGGCCGCAUUUUCCAGCAUUCUGAAAGACAAGCCAGAUGGUGUCGACUGGGUCGGCAUCCUAUCAAGCGAAAACCGCGUAUUGUGGGCCAGGAAUUAUCAAAAAUUUGUAGAGGCCAGCGAGCAGAAUGCGCGCUAUGUUGCAAAUAUCCAAACGGCCGCUUUCCUCGUGUGCCUUGAUGACGGAGCUCCUGGAAAUGCAGAGCAGCGAGCGCGCCAGGUCCAUUUUAGUGAUGGAUCGAAUAGGUGGUUCGACAAGUCUAUCCAGUACGUGGUAUGCUCAAAUGGCAUCUCCGGAAUGGUGGCCGAUCAUACCGGCAUAGACGCUCCCACAGUACAAGGUAUCAACUUGGCCAUUGCAAAAGCAAUUCGAAACUUUGAUCCACGUCAAGUCAGAAAGCCCAGCAACGGUCUGCCAUGGGAGCCAAUGAUGCACACCCAGUUUCCAGGGUCCCAGACAAGCAUCCACAGAGCUCGUAAGGAUUACGGCGAGAGUAUUGACAAACGAAGACAUUUCUUUCUUUCGUUGAAUUUUGGAUCGACAUUCAUGAGGGGCCACAAAGUGCCUCCCAUCAGCGGUUUCCAGCUCAUCGUCCAGCUAGCGUCUCGGUACUUCUUUGGCUACCUGCCUGCAUGCUGGGAGACGGUCCUGCAGUGCCAAUUCUACAAAGGACGGGUCGAAAUCAAUCAGAUUAUCACGAUGGAAGUUGUUGAAUUUGUGAAAGCGGUGGCAGAUGAUGCGGCACCGUUGUCGGUUUGUAGAGCAAAGUUGGUCAGGGCAGCUCAAAAGCAUUCUGGAAAUGUGCUGGCAGCAAUGAGGGCGGGAGGCUUGAAUCGGUUCCUUUCGAUGAUCCAAGAGAUUGGUAAGGACGACGGCCUGGAUCCAGAAUUGUAUCACGAUCCUCCAUACUUGCGCUCUCGACCCAGGAAGAUCAUGUGCAGUUCCUUCCAAACACAUAUGUCAGAGAACGGCUGCGCAAUGCGCGAUGAUGAUGCGAUUUGGCUACAUUUUGAGCUCGACUCGGACAGGGUAAAGUUCUCGGGCGUCGGUGAGAGCGGGCAGACGGAGAGAUUCAUUGCUGAGCUUCAUAGGGCAUCAGCGAUAGUGUGUGAGAUACUGACGUCUUCCACUCGACAAGAGUGACUGGACAUGUAGUCUAGGCCGACUCACAAACAUCUUGAACCUCAAGUUGAGAUGAGAUUCAAGUUCACGUCGCUGUCGCCGUGUUGGUGCCAAGAUGCGUACCAUUCCGCAUGUGGUAUCGAGGACUAACAGAGCUAUUUAGCGACAUGGUCUCCACAGUGUACCCAGGUACCAUUCCGACUCCAAAUGUGCUACUGUCACCUUACUAGGUCCUUGAAUGAACCUGGCUGCGCUAGGACCUACAAAUAACAGCAGAGAAACAGCAGAGAUCGUCCAGUUUUAUAUGUAUAAAGGCGAAUAGAAAUGCAGUAAAGAGACAGCCAUAGUAGG